GACGUCUUCCUUCUCCUAAAAGGCCUCCGCGGACCCCUGGCUUGGGCCCAGCCUGCAGCCACGCCAUGCCGCGAGGGAGGCGAGGCAGCCGUGUGAGCGCCCUGGAGGGCGGCCGGGAGGAAGAGGCGCCCUUGGAGGCGGCUGCUGCGCCUUCCGCGCUGUGGGCGUCCCUGCCGCAGCCGGAGGCAGCGGCCGACCGGACUCUGCUGCGGGGCAUCUUCGAGAUCGGGAGGGGCAGCUGCGACGUGGUUCUGAGUGAGCGGGCCCUGAGGUGGAGGCCCAUCCAGCCCGAGAGCCCCGCGGGUGAUCCUAAGUAUGAUUUUCUAUGUAAAGAAGAACUUGUUGAACUCAAGGACAUAUUUUCUGUCAAACUGAAACGGCGUUGUUCUGCUAAACAACAGAGAAAUGGAACUUUAUUAGGAAUCACUCUCUUCAUAUGUUUGAAAAAGGAGCAAAAUAAACUAAAGGAUUCUACACUUGAUCUUAUUAAUUUAAGCGAAGACCACUGUGACAUAUGGUUUAGACAAUUCAAGAAAGUUUUGGCAGGGUUUUCAAACAGACCAAAAUCGCUGAAAGUACUUCUAAACCCCCAAAGCCACAAAAAAGAAGCUACCCAGGUGUACUAUGGGAAGGUUGAACCACUGUUGAAGAUUGCAGGAAUAAAGACUGAUGUAACAAUCACGGAAUACGAAGGACAUGUGCUGUCACUGCUAAAGGAAUGUCAACUACAGGGAUUUGAUGGUGUUGUCUCUGUUGGUGGAGAUGGAUCUGCCAGUGAAGUAGCCCAUGCUCUGCUUCUUAGAGCCCAGAAGAACGCUGGAAUGGAAACAGACAGCAUCCUGGCUCCUGUCCCAGCACAGCUUCCACUUGGUGUAAUACCAGCAGGAUCUACUAACAUACUGGCACAUUCUCUUCACGGAAUCUCUCAUGUGGUAACUGCAACUUUGCACAUUAUAUUGGGGCACAUACAACCAGUUGAUGUCUGUACCUUCAGCACCUCUGGCAAGCUUCUUCGCUUUGGGUUCUCAGCCAUGUUUGGCUUUGGUGGAAGAACUUUGGCUCUGGCAGAAAAACAUCGAUGGAUGUCCCCUAACCAACGGAGGGAUUUUGCUAUAAUUAAGGCACUGGCAAAACUUAAGCCAGAGGACUGUGAAAUAUCAUUUUUACCAUCUAUCAGCUCUCAGGAUUUACGAGAAGGGAAGGUGCGCGGAUCUCCCAGAUCUGACUGUAGUGGCCAGUGGCAAAUGACCCAGGGUCAGUUCCUGAAUGUGAGCAUCAUGGCGAUCCCUUGCCUGUGUUCAGUGGCACCAAGAGGCCUGGCACCUAAUACCAGAUUAAAUAAUGGAAGUAUGGCUCUUAUAAUUGUACAAAAUACUUCUCGACCAGAAUUUAUAAAACACCUGAAAAGAUAUGCUAAUGUUAAAAAUCAGUUCAAUUUUCCAUUUGUUGAGACUUAUACUGUGGAAGAAGUAAAGGUUUACCCAAAGAACUGUAACAGUGGACAUAAUCCAGAGGAGGACGGACCACAUGAAAACUGCAGUUUUCCUUGGAAUGUAGAUGGUGAUUUAAUGGAAGUUACAUCAGACAUCCAUGUUAGAUUGCACCCAAGACUUAUCAAUCUUUAUGGAGGAGGCAUGGAAGAAAUGACUGAUUCCAAAGUAACAUGUAAUUGUUUAUAAAAAGUGUAUGAACUAGAAUUUUAAUAUGAA